AUGGGACACCGUCCUGCUCUCAUCAGCCUCUCGCCAGCCAUCUCCUUGAAUCCUAACACCGUGCCUUCAAUUAAGUUGCAGGGUUCUGAUGGAGAGAUAUUUGAAGUUGAUGUUGAAAUUGCGAAACAAUCUGUGACUAUUAAGACCAUGUUGGAAGAUUUGGGAAUGGAUGAUGAAGGAGAUGAUGAUGCAGUCCCCUUGCCAAAUGUUAAUGCAGCAAUAUUAAAAAAGGUCAUUCAGUGGUGCACCCACCACAAGGAUGAUCCUCCUCCUCCUGAGGAUGAUGAGAACAAAGAAAAGCGAACAGAUGACAUCCCUGUUUGGGAUCAAGAAUUCCUGAAAGUUGACCAAGGAGCACUUUUUGAGCUUAUACUGGCAGCAAACUACUUAGACAUCAAAGGUUUGCUUGAUGUUACCUGCAAGACUGUUGCCAAUAUGAUCAAGGGGAAAACUCCUGAGGAGAUUCGAAAGACAUUCAAUAUCAGAAAUGAUUUUACUGAAGAAGAGGAAGCCCAGGUACGCAAAGAGAACCAGUGGUGUGAGGAGAAGUGA